AUGUUGGGGUCAAAGCUCUUACUUUAUCGCAGCGCCAACGAACAUGCGUCACCCGCAUUGUCCACAAAGGAUUGGCUUUAUCAAAAUAAAAUCACGAUUACGAAUGAUAAGGGACGAUUGAGCAAAGAAGAUAUCGACAGAAUGGUGAUCGAUGCUGAGAAAUAUCGAGCCGAUGAUGAAAAGCAAAGAGAUCGAAUCUCGGCGAAGAAUGGAUUGGAAUCAUAUGCGUUCAACAUGAAGCAGACGAUUGAGAAUCAACAGAUCAAGAGCAAACUGUCAAGGAUCGGUAGAAGAUCGAGACGAAAUGCGGUGAGAAUGACCGUGGCUGCUCUCCUCUACUACUCAUCACAUCUGCAAAAGGGAUUCCCGUUUCUGCCCGGAGAUCACGAAGCAAGACGACAGAAGAUCAUCGCAGCAGUCGGAAAACCAAGGGCAAUGUCUCGGAUUAGUAAACUUGAUCGCCUUCCGUUGGAUUUCCACGCCGGUUUGACGAGUCUUCAAUCGGUUGAAGAAGCUGCUCAAAAUGGGGAGGAUUCAAGGCACGAUCUUGCUUCAAUUAUUCUAUUUCUAACCCGGUGCCUUGGCAUGAACGAUGGACAAAUCUCGUCUUUUUACACCAACGAAUUUCCGGAGCUAAAGAAAAACGUGGAAGCAAUGUUCAAGAAAAUCAUCGACUUUGCGGCUUUAUCAGAUGGCGAUCCUCAUCUUUUCCUCACAGCUUUUCCGAAAGAGAGAAGAAGUUGCCCGAAGCAAGCUGAUGUUGAGCCAAAGGAGGCGGUUCAAAGUCCACCAAUGACUUAUGAGGACUUCGAAAUUCUAUCCGUUCUUGGCAAAGGAUCUUUCUCGAAGGUUGUUCAAGCUGAGCACAAAGAAACGAAGAAACUGUACGCGAUCAAGAUCAUCAAAAAGGAGCAAUUCAUUAAGAAAGAAAACCCUUCCUGGAUUCAAACUGAGAAGAGCAUCUUGGAAAUUUGCACAAACCAUCCGUUCCUGACUGAUUCUCGUCUCUUUUUUGUGAUCGACUAUGUCCCCGGCGGGGAUCUAGAGUAUCUAGUGCGUUGGAUGAGGAAAAUUCCCGAGGACUGGGCAUGUUUUUGCGCUGCUGAGGUCUCCGUUGCUUUGUACUUUCUUCACACACAAGGAAUUAUUCACAGGGAUCUCAAGCUUCGCAAUGUUUUGUUGGAUGCAAAUGGACAUAUUAAAGUUUCGGACUUUGGACUGAGCAAGGAAAAACUGAAAGACAACCAACUAUCGAACACUUUGUGUGGAACGUCCUGCUACAUGGCUCCAGAAAUGCUAGGCGAUGGAUACAGUUAUAGAGAGUGCAAGACACUUAAGGAAAAGGUCAUCUUUUGUCAGGAAAUUGUUAAGCAAAAGCUCGGUCAGCAGUUUGAUCUUUCACCCAAUGCGGUCGCCGCUCUUCAUCGAUUCUUGUGCUCGGAUCCAAAGAAACGCUUGGGUUGUGGCAAGGACAUUCACGAAGGUUAUCGACAACUUCAGAAACAUCAAUUCUUUAAGGGAAUCGAUUGGAAAUUGUUGGAGAAAUGCGAGAUGACGCCUCCUUUCAAGCCGAAGAUCAAGAAUUCCCGUGACAUUCGCUAUUUCAAUCCCAAAUACACAAAGCAAUCAUUAGAUUUGACAAUGGACAACCCGGCUACUAUAGCGCAGAUAGAUCAGAACGACUUUCGUGGCUUUGAAUUCGCGGAGCUGGAGCAAAUUGAAUGG